UGAAGCUUAAUUGUGCCGAGAGGACCUAAAACCAAUAGAAUAAGAUGGUAAGGGAAUUAUUUGGUUGUUUUUUAGCGUAUCUUUGGAAAGUAAAGUCGAAUACAGUCAUACCAUACAAUCACUGAGACUUCGUUUAUGAACAUGGACGAUCAAAGCAACAAAAAAACUGAGGGUGUACUAGAGACUAUUGUGCUAGUUAUAUGUUUCUUGUUGUCCUCAAAAUCUUUCUGAAUUGUUCUACCAAUAGUGAGGUUAAGCCUGCACUGAGAUUACUUGCGUUACGUGUUCUACAACGAAGGUGUUAUUGUAAUCAAAGGUGGAUGUUGAAAUCACUUUGUGGAUCAAUUAAGACCUCAAUUAAGCUUAAUAAAAUCCACAUUUUUAAGGUUUGUGAUCCGUGUUUGAUCCCAAAAAGCAAACUUAAAAAGCAUUCUGUUGUAAUGCUGUUGUUGCAGAGAAUCCACUUUACAAAGAAUCCGAAUAACAUUAUAUUCUCUCAAAGAAAUGUAUUAAGAAUCCUAUACUCAUUGUUGAAAGCUAAAACUAUUGUUACAACUCUGCGGGGCGGCCUAGGCUGUGACUGACCUGCAAGCUUCAAGUAGCUAGGAAAGCUAGCAAACCAAGCCAAGUGAGUGGCGGAGGUCUUUCCGCACACUUACUUCUGCUACUCUUACAAAUGCUGCUCACACGUGACUUUUAAUGAAGACCAGUACAAUAGCACAAAUUUACGCUCUUUUGACAUUUUUUUUUUAUAUUUUAGGCAAGUGACGAUGUAAACCCAAAGGCCUUCCCGCUGGCAGAUCCACAGUUAACAGUGACAAUUCUUGACCUGAUUCAACAAGCAACAAAUUACAAGCAGCUUAGAAAAGGGGCUAAUGAAGCUACCAAAUGCCUGAACCGUGGCAUUGCAGAAUUUAUUGUUAUGGCAGCAGACACCGAACCACUAGAAAUUCUACUGCACCUUCCUCUACUGUGUGAAGACAAAGUGAGAGCAAUAUUUGUUAGUUUUUUAAUCCCGAUGAUAAAGGUGGAGAUUUUCCAAUGACACCUAAAAUUUACGUCUGUCAAGUAGAGGCAAUGGAUGGAUGGUCGCACAUAAUAAGUGAACCUUGCUCAACUUUUAACAUUUACACAUGACAUUUCAUACAUUGCCUCUAUUUUCUUUACCUUUAAAAAUUUAUGUGAGUUAUAUGCACAUAAAAAUUAUGUGACAGGAGAAAUACACCGUAAUAGUGGUAAAAGCAAGUUCUGUAUACAAAAUUCAGAAGAUUUUGACUGUAAGGUAGUAAGUUUAACUUUGGUUCAGGUAAAUUGCUGAGCCUACAUUUCAUUGAUUAUGAGUGGUUACAUUGACGAGGGUAGAGAGGUAUCAAACACCGGGCCUACAGUGUUCUUCUCUCACUACAAACCAGACAAAUGAAGGCUGAGUAGUGAUAAAGCUUAAGUGCUUUGAUUAAAGUUAUUACCAGUAACAAUUUCUUCUAACAAUAUCCAUACAUUGUCAAGAGAUAAAGUAAUGAGAAUUAAUAAAACGAUCACCAAAGAGAAAAUGCUGUGAUCUUUUAUCAAAGCCUUGCAACUAAUUCUGUAAGGAAAUGUAUGGAGAUCAGUUUGGAGAAUUUGUAUGUGGAUAGUGGAGUUUAGAGGGUUUAAUUAGAACUAAUUCAGUGGUGGAGGUUGGAUGGGAACCUGUGUGACUAUAAGUCUUCCUGUAGUAUAUUAACUGUAGUGUAUGUUAAUGAACACAACCAAAUAGCCUUUUUUUUCCUUUCUUUUAGAAUGUACCGUAUGUAUUUGUUCGUUCCAAGCAGGCUCUUGGUCGAGCAUGUGGUGUAUCUCGCCCUGUUAUUGCCACAGCUGUAACGAUUAAUGAAGGAUCACAGCUAAAGCCACAGAUUCAGUCACUUCAACAAGCAAUUGAAAAGCUGCUCAUAUAA